GGGCAUCCGCCGAAUGGGGCGAGGGGACGCGGAUCCGCGGGGAAGGGGGGAUUCCCUGAUUCCCGGGCCCGCGGCGCUAAGCGCGGUGGCGGCGGCGGCGGCACUGCUGGCCGCCUUGCUCCUGCUGUGGCUUGAGGACGCGGGGCCGGGGGCCGGCUCCAGCAUGGCUGAGACUGAGGCGCUGCCGAAGCUUCGGGAAGACUUCAGGAUGCAGAAUAAAUCUGUCUUUAUUCUGGGGGCCAGCGGGGAAACCGGCAGAGUGCUCUUAAAAGAAAUCUUGGAACAGAACCUGUUUUCCAAAGUCACGCUCAUUGGCCGGAGAAAGCUCACCUUCGAUGAGGAAGCUUAUAAAAAUGUGAAUCAAGAAGUGGUGGACUUUGAAAAGUUGGAUGACUACGCUUCUGCCUUUCAAGGUCAUGAUGUUGGAUUCUGUUGCCUGGGUACCACCAGAAAAAAAGCCGGGGCGGAAGGAUUUGUUCGUGUCGAUCGAGAUUAUGUCCUCAAGUCUGCGGAGCUGGCAAAAGCUGGAGGCUGCAAACAUUUUAACUUGCUGUCCUCUAAAGGAGCUGAUAAGUCGAGCAAUUUUUUAUAUAUGCAAGUUAAGGGAGAAGUGGAAGCGAGGGUUGAAGAAUUACAAUUCGAACGUUACUCUGUGUUUAGGCCUGGAUUUCUCUUGUGUGAUAGGCAAGAAUCUCGUCCAGGUGAAUGGUUGGUUAGGAAGUUCUUUGGCUCCUUACCAGAAUCUUGGGCCCGUUGGCACUCUGUGCCGGUGGCAACUGUGGUUAGGGCAAUGCUGAACAACGCAGUGAACCCAAGUGGCAAGAAGAAGGAACUGCUGGAUAAUAACGCCAUCCAUGACCUGGGAAAAGCCGAUGACUCUCUCAAGCCGUGACCACGCUGGGGAAAUGCUUCCCCCUGUAAAAUGCAACACUCACCACCUAAUUGGUACUCUCGGUGUCUAAAAGAAGUCAGUGUGUCUUCACUGCGGUUUCACUAUUCUCAGCUGCCAGAUCCAAUAAAAAAAUUAUUGUGUUCUGCAUCA